AUAAUAAGAAUUAAAAAUGAAAAAGAAGAUGGUGGAAAUAAUUACUUCCCACUCAACCAUUAUCUCUUCGCCAUCUAACAGUUCACAGUUCGCUAACAUCUAUUAAAUGUCAAAUUCAAAUCGCGAUCGCAUGGGUGAACGAUUAGAGCGUCAAAAUGAAUUCAGUUCGUAGUAAGAAUGGAACCGAUCGACACGUUGUCAUACGGACACGACUCCGGCCGGGGACAAAUUAUCUUCUUGCCAUUACUGAAAAGUCACUAUCUCUUACUAUGGAGUUUCUGUACCAUCUUUCUACCGAACGCACACGCUGCACUCAGAAAUGUAGUCAUCAUGGAGAAGGUAGAAAUUUUCGACACUCCAACGCUACGAACGACCGCUAACAUCACCCAGCACAGUCCAGCGUCCGUGCCGGCCGUUUUUGCCGAAAUGAUGGCCCUGCAGGACAUUUCUCAGCUAAAGAUCAACAGCGUCUUUACGGUGCGCUCCCGGACCGGGGAGCUGCAAGCGGCACUGUAUAACAGUACGCUUGGGUUGUGCGAAUUUCUGGAACAUCCCUUCCGGAACCGGCUGCUGCAAAUCAUUCAGCUCGAGCUGAUCCGCCACAGCAACAUCCCGACCAAGUGUCCGAUGCGGGCCGGCCUGUACUACAUACGGAAUGCAUCGUUCGCCCGUGCGCGCAUACCUUCGUUCCUGCCCGCCAGCUACUUCCGCGUGGACGUUAAUCUGUUGAACACUAAUCCGUGGCAAACGCUGCUGGGGACCCGCUGGUAUGGGAAGCUAAUCAAAAAGUAAUUGACCAGUGGCGGUUCGAGCGAGCUCUCUUAAGUGCAACUAAUUUCCGGAACGAAGUCGAAAUAAUAAUGCUAAUAACAAUGAAUUGUUCUACAUCAACCAGCACAACUAUUAGCAAACGGAUAGUAGACGGAUUAAAUUGUGCGAAUAAAUUCUUUGCAAUUGACAAUGAAUACAAAUAAACAAAACUUUUCGAAAAACCAAAACGAUUACCAAAUACCAAACAUUACAUGUAUGUUUGUAGAGACCUGUGGUCUUUUCCUGGG